AUGAAGAAAGUGCAAUUCCUGAACCUGAGCCAACGUCACACCUUUGCACGACAGCGAAAGGUGUUAACUUGCUUCUUUUCUUGCACUGGUCACGUGCCGGAUAAAGAGGCUCCAGGUAGGACAACCCUACGACCCACCUCAUUUCUGCAAAGAGUACCACUUCCAGAUCUCUCCCCUCUUUCCAAUUCCCAAGCCACAAUUCGUCCAUACAGUCAUUCACAAGCUUUGGCCAAUCAAUCAUCAGGCCAUGGCAUAGGACGAGGAAUCCCUUCAGCGCCCACGGCUGAGAUGUCAAAGGCAAAAUCCACCCCACUGACAAAAUUGCAGGCUGUGUGGAAAACCAUAGCGGCUGCAAGGACAACAACACUUUUGCCAUCUGAGCCACAAACGGAUUGGACCAAAGCCCACAAACCAAGAACAGCGUCUGAAGAAACAACCUCAACCCUGCCACUAUCAGCUAGUCGGAAAAGGGAGAUUCCUGUUCAGAGCACAACUAAGGAAAAUGUAGAUAAGACCGUCUCCGGGGCUACUGAGCAGCACACCACGAAGCUGAGGAAACACACAACCAUUGUGACAACCAGUUCUGCAGCACACAAGAAUACGACUUCUUCCCCUAGGCCAACAAAUCAAACUGGACCAACAUUGGCGCCUCAACCGUCACCCGCUGUUACGGGCACUUACAGUGUUUUCAACGGAACCACAGAUUGCAUUAAAGCCUUAAUUGGCUUGACGAUGAUCGUUACAAACACUAAAACAGGCGAUCUGGAAUAUUUUAAUAUUGAUCCCAAUGCCACAAGCACCGGCGGAUAUUGUGGAUACGGUCAAUCCAUGCUCAACAUCUCGUUUGAAGGUGGCUUCGUACAUUUUAUUUUUACUAAGAAGGAAAAAAUCUAUUAUAUCAGCAUGAUUGAAGCUUCUUUGACCAUUCUCUCGCAAGGUUUUAUGUACAACGGGAUUAAAAAUGACCAGCUCUUUUCUACACCGGUGGGAAAUUCCUUCAAAUGUUUCAGUAAGCAAACGGUGGCCUUGGCCAACAACUUUCAACUGCAGGCCGCCAAUUCCCAGCUCCAAGCCUUUGACAUCGUAAAUAACCAAUUUGGAAAAGAAGAGGAGUGCACGUUGGACAGAAACAAGAAGUUGAUCCCAGUGACAAUUGGCUUAAGUCUGUCGGGAUUAAUUAUUAUCAUCCUGUUCACUUGUGUGCUUUAUAGAAGGACAGCUCACUCAGGAUAUAGCCGUAUCUGAAUCCCAAAGUUUAUUUAUGAAUGGGAGUAGUAGCAACAAAGGAUGAGGAAGAACGGAAAAUUCUGCUUGCUUUGCUGUGGCAAUCAGAUAUGCAAAUAGCAGUUGGGCAUCUUUAAGUGAUUUUUAAAUUUCUGACACUUUUAACACUUAACUAGAAAUUAAUCAGCUCAAUGCAGAUGCACAGACAUCUAUUAUCUAUAUACAUUGCUUGGGUGUUAUUGGGUUUUUAAAAAUUAAUCUGCAUAUAUUUGCAUGUGUAAUCCAUGCAUUCAAUUAAUAGUAAUACUGUGUAUGUCACAUCAGACAAAUCUGUCUUCAGUAGACACAUUGUUAGGGGUGUUUAGACUAAAACUUCAACAAACAUUAUGCCCUGAACUUUAAUAGCGGUAUAAUAACACACUGAGGGCAGGACAAGAAGCAAUGGGUAGAAGCUAGGCAGAGGGAAAUCCAACUUGAAAGGAGGAAUUUCCUGACAUUAAGAGCAAUUAAACAGUGGAAUGACUUGCCU